GUAGCAGUUGCGACAAUUGUAAUCGUCCUGCAGCAUGUGCGCGGCAACGCUUAAUAAAAACAUUUGAACGCAUAAAAGCCGGAAUAAAAUCGAAAUAAUAAUAAAGCAAACAAAAAAUCCUCCGAACGAAAGCCGAAACGACAGGCGGCGGCAAGAAUCAUUCAAUAGCGCCACUAACUACAUAGUUUGUUGUUAUUGCAGCAGCACUCUCUUCUCCUGGGUGCGUGUGUGUGUGUGUUGGUUCUAUUGCGACUCUAUGUGUAUUGCUCGCACCGCAACCACCAACGACUCAGCGCAAUCACCACUACCUCCGGCAGCAGCGUCACCAUUGCUGCUGUCAUAACCAGCAGCAGUCGCGGCAGCAUUAACACCAUUACCGCAAAGCGUUUAGCAACCGAACGCUCUGGCCACGCCAAACAUUUAGCACAUUUAUGAUAUUCCUACAGCACAAUUAAAUGGCGGACGCAUAGCGUGCAUGCAAAGUGUACCGAAAGGACGAAAAUCUGGAUUUUGAAUACCACAAAGCGGCGGGGAUUUAUCCUUGUCUCGUUGGUGAGAUUGUGUGAUGUUGGCGGCUGCGGCGGUGGUGUUCGUGUUGUUUUUGCCGCUGCAUGCACUUCCCUCUCCAUCGUGCCAUUAUACUAAUUCGUAGUCGGUGCCGUCAUCAGUUGGUACAUUUGUGAUAUUUGGUGCAAAGUGUUUUCGUGUUCUAGUUUUUCAGCAUACACAUUUUAUAAGCAAAAAAAUUAUUAUUAAAAUAAUAAACAAACUUAAAUAUUAGCAAUAUAGUAAUUACAGGAAUCUACAAAAUUAAUAGACGUUUCUUAAGUAAAUCCAUCUGGAACCUAAUCCCCCGUUCAAAAUGGAUCAUUCAAAUCUGCCAUUCGGUUUUGCUUUACCCGGUCAUGCACACAUGCCAAUACCACCAACACCAAAUUUGAUGUCCGGCCAUCCCGGCCCCACAUCCAGCCCACCGCAAAGUGUGCCUGGUAGGCGAACACCGCUUGGCGCUGUGGGACUCGGCGGCUUCUAUGCACAAGGACUUGGCAUGUCACAGCAAGGAUCCAUGCCGACAGAUGAGAAUAAGCCCAGUCCAAGUGCACUGGGGGCUGUUAGUGGCGGAAGUAUGGGACAUGGACGCAAAUCCCCACCACAAUCCCUAUCUGGUGGUACGACCACCGUGGCCGCCGGCAGUGGGACAAGUGGAAGCGGUGGCAGUGGCAAACAGAAAAACCGACAGGCAAAAACAGUGCGACUGAAUAUAAACGCGAGAGAGCGACGACGCAUGCACGAUUUGAACGAUGCUCUGGAUGAACUACGCAGCGUAAUACCUUACGCGCAUUCGCCUUCCGUGCGGAAGCUAUCAAAGAUCGCCACAUUGUUGUUAGCUAAGAACUAUAUACUAAUGCAACAGAAUGCUUUGGACGAGUUGCGACGACUCUUGGCCUACAUUCAGAGCACAAGUGGCGCAGCACCGCUAGACUUAGGCUCGUUUCCUGCCGCCGCAAAACUACAGGCACUCUUACAGGGGCCCCACGAGCCACCGAAUAGUAGCUAAACAUUAUAUGACAAACUUGUGCAAAGUACGAUGUUAAGCGAAUAGAAAGAGCAGAGAUAAGGAUUUGCGAGUGAAACGAGAUAGUGCCAAAGACACAUUCGGUUCACAGCACGAAUGCUGCGUACUUCCGAUCUUUUUUCGCUAUCAGCAAUUUAGUUAGUAACGCACGACUAGCUAAUAGUUUUUAAUUUUUAGAGUAAAAUGAAAACGAUUUUAAUCAAGCGCAGUUUUGUAAAUGCGUAUAAUUAUAGAGAUUUAUGUUUGAAUCAAUCUACACUAGUCAUCACAGCCAUGCCAAAAAUGUUAAGUGAUAUUUUUCAAAUUUCUUUUUUUCAAUUUGUAUAUUUUACACAUAUUUUUAAGCAUCGAAAAAGCAAUUGAACAUUUAAUAUCUAAGUAUUUGAUUUUAUUAUGAAACAUGCCUAUUUAUAGGUAAUAGUUUUUGCAAAGAACAAACUAUAAUAAAUGUAAAUGA